CUUUGAAAAGGAAAUGUUUAUUUUAAUUUUUAUUUAUAUUUAUGGAUUAUGAAUCUAUGAUGGAUUGAGAAAGGGAAAAUUUUGAAUUUGAUGCUCCUAUGAGGGAAACUGUUUUUAAUUUUCUGUGUUUCAGAGGGAGGAAUAAUGGCUGAUUCCGGUGGAAAUUUGACGGUUUCUGAAACUGAUAUUUCUGUUUUGAAAGAAGCUCUCUGCACUCAGCAACAACUUUUGCAAAAGCUUCAUGUCGAGUUGGAUGUGGAAAGGGAGGCCGCGGCCACGGCUGCGAGUGAGGCUCUGUCCAUGAUCCUGCGUUUGCAGGGAGAAAAGGCUGCGGUGAAGAUGGAAGCGAGUCAGUAUAAGAGAUUGGCGGAGGAGAAGAUAGGUCAUGCGGAGGAGUCUCUUGCGGUUUUCGAAGAACUUAUAUAUAUGAAGGAGAUGGAAAUUUCUUCCCUUGAGUACCAGGUUGAGGCUUAUAGGUACAAACUUUUAAGCCUGGGGUUUGGUGAUUUGGGGAGUGGUGAGAGUAAGUUUCCGGAGAAUUUGUUGUUGCAAAGUGAUGUGUUGUUUGGGGGAAUGGGUGUUAAUGGCAAUGUGAGAAAACUCAAGAGUAUGCCUGUGACAUGUAAAGAUUUCAAGUCAAAGAGUUUUGACUGUGAAAGAUCUGCAGUUCCUGAGAUGGAUUUGGAUUUGAUUCAUGGUGUAGAGGAGGAAAAAUUCGAGCAGGUGGUUGAAAAAUCCGAGCAGGUGGUCAAUGAGCCAAGCUCUGAGGUGACGAGGAAGCCAUGUAACUCAGGAGGAGGCGAUUUUAAUUACUACUGGGAACAGAUAAGAAAGUUGGAUGAAUGGGUGAAAGAGAUAACUGAUGGGAAGGAUUCUAGUGGAAUAGAUAAACCUGUCAAUCCAAAGGUUGAGUCAAGGUCUUGUUCAUUGAUUUCACAUAAGAGCAGUAAUUCAUCUCUUGAUCCUGCAAGAGCAAAAAUUCAUGCUUUAAUGGGGGAAAUGAAAAGCCUGGACGACUCAAAGGAGAGAGAAGUAGUUCCUAGUUCUUCUUGCGCCUCUAGUGUCCAAGAUAUAUUUGAAGUCUCAGAAAUCAAUGGCCAUCAAAAAACUUGGGCAAAUUUGCAGAAGGCUAGGAGUAAGUUGAAUUUGGAAGAGAGUAAAAGAAGACUUGGGAAGGCAAAUACAAUUGCAGAGGAAACCUUUGAGUUACCUACUAAAGAUGAAACUGAAUGGGAGAAGAAAAUUUUGCCAGUUCCAAUGCCUGAGAAAAGAGCAUGUAAGCCAACCAAUGGAAUGAGUCUUGAUCACAAGGUGUCUUUAGGUCAGCUAACUAUUGGCAUAGCUCAAUGUAAAGAUGAGCUACAACGGGUAAGCAAGAGAGUUGAGCUGCUUGAGGGUGAGAGAAAUAACACUAGACAGGAAAUUAGAAUUGCAGGGGGAGAGGAAAUAAAUUUGUUGAAGCAGAUUCAAGAACAGCUUAGUUCAAUGCAGUCUGAGAUCACAAGUUUAUUACCUAAGAAACCCCCACCUCCAGAUGAUUCUUCCCUUAUUUCUCUAAAGGAGGGAAUGCUAUACUUUUGGCUUUAAUCAACACAGACAAGCACCAGAUAGGUCAUUGCAUCAUUACCUUGAAACAUGUUCCAGAAAUGUACUGCAAAAGGGUAUAUCGUUUCUUUUUCUUGUGGAUUUCUUUGUAUAUAUAGAAUGAGAAAAGAUUGCAUGGUGAUAUUGCACAUCAACCAGGAAAAGAGUUUGCUUCAUAGGCUUUUUGAAUCAUUCAUCCAUGGAUUUUUUUUUUCCCUUCCUGAAACUGAGCUUGUUUAAUUACCAGCAUGCCAUGCUAAUCUACUGCAUUCGGCAGUUCUUUUCUUUAGUU